AUGUCGUCGCCAACAAACUCGACAUUCACGAAUUCUUCUCCGCCCCGCGAAAACCGCUGGAAUGGACCAGCUUCAACAUGGCAACAAAUCACAGAAGAAGAACGUGGUUUGGCGGCCUCGCUGGAUGAACUUCGGAACAGAGAUUUGAGCCUUCAUUUAUAUAAUGCUUUCGCUUUGAAAAAGCGAGCCAAAGAAUUCAAUGCUGAUGGAACUGUUCAUGGUAAAGAUGAGGAUCAAGAUAACUCAAAUGAAUUUGUACCUCCUAAAAAAUGGACUGCAUGGCCAAUUGAAGCGACGGAGGUCCCAAGGGAAGGCGAGCAGAUAGGUCCGGAUGAUAAUGACGAAGUGUUUACUCUGAGAAGAAAGGAGACUACAAAAUUGAGUAGGGCUUUGGAAGAUGAAUUGAUCGGGGUCACGUUAAAGUAUUCAAGAGAGAGAUUUCUGCAAAGGGAAAUCGCCGAGGACCAUGAAAGACAAGUCGAAAAUAGUGUUACCGAGGGAAUGAAUAUUGAUGAACCACAACAAGAGCAGUCGGAAGAUCCUGAGAUUGGAGAAGAUGGUAUUAGAAAAUCAUCGGAGCCACCUCUCACCACAACUAUACUCCGACCCGAGAUAUCAGCUGACGACGAGCGUUCUCGAGAAUUGUUGCACCCAUCAAUCAGGCAUACCCUUUCGAAAUUAGAUGAUGUCUUGAUGGCUUUGCACCAUGCGCGCAAAACCUGCCGACAGUAUGCCGCUCAAACUGAGUUCGAUACGGACGUGGAGUCUCGUUCACGUGCAACUAGCAUAGCAGGUGAUGCUACAGAUAGAGAUUCGCCUGUUAAAAGGCCAGUGGGUCGGCCACGCAAACUUCAGCCCAUUGAUCCUGCAGCCGUCCCUGUGUUUACACCAAAUGAGAAUGGCCUUGACGACCCCGAACUUUGGAGAGUGAAGAAAACUCACCGAGGACGGCCGAAGAAGGUUUACGCGAGGUUAGAGGGCGAAACCCAGCAUGAAUAUCUCACUCGGAUUGCCAGAAUUCAGAAGAAACCACUGCCAAUUUUUGCCCCACCAAUCGAGCCAAGUACACCUAAACGGGAACGAACACCUGCCUCGGUGUCUCCUCAAAAAUCACCUAGAAAGCUUUCAGAUAAGACACGCAAGCAGAUGCUAGGUCUCAGGGAUUGGAGCGAGGUACUAGGAUCUGCUGCAUUAGUUGGAUUCUCGCCGAAUGUCAUUGCUAGGGCUACGCAAAGAUGUGCAGAUCUUUUUGGGGAGAAUAUGGUAAUGAGGACUAUGGUUGAGGGACCUGCAGUAGGAGGAAAGGACGAUAAAGUAACAGAAUAUUGCCCGGGAAUGAUUCCUGAUUUUGAUGAAUCUGAAGAAUCUGGAGCGUCUUUCGAUGAAGACGAAGACGAAUCGUCAUAUUCAGCUUCCGACACGGAAAACGCGGAUAGUAAAGACCACCCUCCCACAAAGCGAAAUGCUUCUCGUAUUGACAGUGAUGAAGAGAUGGAAGGAGCGGUACAUACCGAUAGAUUUCUCAAGCCGCUCACCGGGAAGAGAGGAUGGCGGGGUAUCGACAAGGAGAAGAGAAAACGAAGCAAAUCUGGGGUGGAUAUAGGAGACCGGGAACAAGCAUCUGAUGGCGAGGAGGAUGAAGCGUCGGGUUCAUACUCUGAAUCGGACUUAGAAGUGCAGGAAGAGGUUGAGGGUGGAAGUUCUGAUAGUGAGCAUUGA